CACGGAGGUGGCGGUUGGGUCGGAAGAGUGAGAGACUCUUUGGCUAGUUUUUCCUGCUUGUUUUCUCCUCCUUUUUUUUCUGUCGGUAGAGCGCAGUUAUGGGUCGCAAGAAGAAGAAGCAGCUGAAGCCAUGGUGCUGGUAUUGUAAUAGAGAUUUUGAUGAUGAGAAGAUCCUUAUACAGCACCAAAAAGCAAAGCAUUUUAAAUGUCAUAUAUGUCAUAAGAAAUUGUAUACAGGACCUGGCUUAGCUAUUCAUUGCAUGCAGGUGCAUAAAGAGACAAUAGAUGCAGUACCAAAUGCAAUACCUGGGAGAACAGACAUAGAGUUGGAAAUAUAUGGUAUGGAAGGUAUUCCAGAAAAAGACAUGGAUGAAAGAAGACGACUUCUUGAACAGAAAACACAAGAGAGUCAAAAAAAGAAGCAACAAGAGGAUUCUGAUGAAUAUGAUGAUGAUGACUCUGCAGCUUCAACUUCAUUUCAACCGCAGCCUGUUCAACCUCAACAAGGCUAUAUCCCGCCAAUGGCACAACCAGGACUAUCACCAGUUCCAGGAGCACCAGGAAUGCCUCCAGGCAUACCUCCGUUAAUGCCAGGUGUUCCUCCUCUGAUGCCAGGAAUGCCACCAGUUAUGCCAGGAAUGCCACCUGGAUUGCAUCAUCAGAGAAAAUACACCCAGUCAUUUUGCGGUGAAAACAUAAUGAUGCCAAUGGGUGAAAUGAUGCCACCUGGACCGGGAAUACCACCUCUGAUGCCUGGUAUGCCACCAGGUAUGCCCCCUCCUGUUCCACGUCCUGGAAUUCCUCCGAUGACUCAAGCACAGGCUGUUUCAGCGCCAGGUAUUCUUAACAGACCACCUGCACCAACAGCAACAGUUCCAGCUCCACAGCCUCCAGUUACUAAGCCUCUUUUCCCCAGUGCAGGACAGGCUCAGGCAGCUGUCCAAGGACCUGUUGGUACAGAUUUCAAGCCCUUAAAUAGUACCCCUGCAACAACUACAGAACCCCCAAAGCCUACAUUCCCUGCAUAUACACAGUCUACAGCUUCAACCACUAGUACAACAAAUAGCACUGCAGCUAAACCAGCAGCUUCAAUAACAAGUAAGCCUGCUACACUUACGACGACCAGUGCAACCAGUAAGUUGAUCCAUCCAGAUGAGGAUAUAUCGCUGGAAGAGAGAAGAGCACAGUUACCUAAAUAUCAACGUAAUCUUCCUCGACCAGGACAGGCUCCCAUUGGUAAUCCACCUGUUGGACCAACUGGAGGUAUGAUGCCACCACAGCCAGGCAUUCCACAGCAACAAGGAAUGAGACCCCCGAUGCCGCCUCAUGGUCAGUAUGGUGGUCAUCAUCAAGGCAUGCCAGGUUAUCUUCCUGGUGCUAUGCCACCGUAUGGGCAGGGACCGCCAAUGGUGCCCCCUUACCAAGGUGGGCCUCCUCGACCUCCGAUGGGAAUGAGACCUCCUGUAAUGUCGCAAGGUGGCCGUUACUGAUCUUACUUCAUCCAGUCUAAUAGGUUUGGAGAUUAAACCUUUUCUCAACUUGUGCUGUUUAUAUAGCCAAGCUUCCGUCAAUAAGGCUUCAUUGUGACUUUAACAAACAUUAUCUUCCCACAUACCAGGAACUAUUGGACAUUUAUUUUACAUGGGAAAAUUUAUUUGGAAUAAUAAAGCAGGAACUUUUCCUGAAGUUGC